CGAUUCAGCCAGCGAGGGCGUGCACGUCUGGGAACCGUGCAAAACCCCACAACCGUCUGGCCUUUCAUGAUGUUAUCAGGAGGCGCCUCGUCGGCGAAGGAAGCGCUAACACCAGGGGAGGAGGAGCAACACCAGGCCACGGGUGACCUGCUGACCCCCAGGCAGCGGGCUAUUUGGCGAAAUAAGGCCCGUUUCCUGGAGGCCCUGCGGGCCAACGACAUAGCAGAGGCCUUGGAGAUACUACACACCACCCACCUGGACAUCGACUCAGUGCUAGAGGUGGAGGACAAGCGCAUGGUGCUGGCAUCGUACAAGCAAGGUUACUGGUUGCCGGAUCAUAAGCUGGAGUGCUCGUGGGCGAUGGCCCUACACGUGUGUGUCCUGUACAACUCCCUGGAGACCGCCCUGGUGUUACUGCAGAAGGGCGCGGCGGUCAACAGCAAGCCCAACGGCAAGACCCCGCUUCACGUGGCCUGCACGGUCGCCAACGCCGACUGCGUGGCCCUGUUGCUGGGCUACGGGGCAAGGGUCAACAGCCUGUCCCUGAGUGGACAUACGCCACUGCAUUACUGCAUCGGCAAGGACUCUGUGCAGUGUGCCAAGCAGCUCAUCCUCAACGGGGCCGAUGUUAACAAGCCUAGCCAGAACAAGGACGAGAACACUCCUUUGCACACGGCGGCCCGUCUUGGGAUCCCUGAGCUGGUGGCGCUCUACAUCUCCCAUGGGGCCCGGGUGGAUGCGCUGAACUCCCUAAAUGAGACGCCCCUGAUCACAGCGGCCUUCUGGGCCAUGGACGUCCGUGAACAGACCUACAGCGAGGACCACCACCUGGUCUGCAGGAUUCUGCUGGACCAUGGCGCAGACCCCAAUCUGUACGAAGUGGACUUCAAGACGGCGCUGCACAAGGCCUCGUGGAACGGUGACCACGUGCUGAUGCGGAUGCUGAUGGAGGCCGGGGCUGACCCGAAGGGCAUGGACAUGAACGGCUGUACCCCAAUCCAGUACGUCCUCAAGGUCAUUGACGUCAGGCCCAUGGCCAUCCCGGAGCUCUGCUUCCAGCUGCUGCUCAACUUCGGAGCUCCGCGGAUCUACCCACAGCAGUUUCACAAGGUGUUGCAGGCUUGCCAUGAGUUUCCCAAAGCAGUGGAGGUCAUGAUGAACUCAUACGAUCGCAUCAAACCCACAGACAAGUGGAGACGAUCCAUCCCUGAAUCUUCCUACAAGCGUCAUGAGGACUUCUACGAGUCCAUGUAUGCCGUUUGCUCCGACUCGCCUCGCUCUCUAAUGCACCUGACCCGCGGGGCGGUCCGGAGGGCACUGGACCAGCGCUGCCAGACCGGGGUCAGGUCCCUCCCCCUGCCCCCCCGAAUCCGGAGGUACCUGCUACUGGAACCCGAGGGAGUCUUCUACUGAUUCACUCACUGACUCAGCUGAAGUGAUGUUCUGGUAAAGGCGACCCUUAGAGAUGCAGGAGAAAAAGGAUGUGAUGCUGUUCGUGGACACUGCAUGGUGGUUUGUUGUUAUACAACACAUCGCCACUUCCCCGUUCCACCCCUAGGGGGCAUGGUGGUUUGUUGUUAUACAACACACGCCGCCACCUCCCCCGCUCCACCCCUAGGGGGCAGCAGCCACCCAUUCUGGUGCUGUGCUCUGAGCCUCGACACCUUAUUAUUGACCACAGGUAAUGUCUGGAUGUGCAGUGUCCGAAAAUCAUUUCCCAAUAAUCCCCAAAUCAAUCAAAUGUAUUUAUAAAGCCCUUUUUACAAAAGCAGUUGUCACAAAGUGCUUUUACAGAAACACCCGGCUUUAAAUCCCAAUAUAAUUUUGUUUAUAGUAACGCCAUUUAUUUGAUGUGUUAUUUGGAACUCUUAUUUUUUGGGAGGGCAGUUUGUAAAAGAAAGAGAACAUUUGAUCAAUGUUUUCUUGAGGUAUUGGCAUAUCUUUUUUUUGCACAAACUUAUGCCGCAUUUGGCAAAGGCCUGUGGUAGGAGGGUAUCAGCGUCUGUAGAAAUGGUCUAACCUCUAUCUCCCUCUACAUACCUGUCUCUCUAUCACCCUCUACAUACCUCUCUCUACAUACCUCUCCCUCU